UUGAAGCCUGCUAAUGGCAGGGCUGGGAGAGCCUCUUGGCUGGCUGGCAGGCAGGCGGCUGUGCAGCCCCAUUAUAAGUCCCAGGCCUCCCUGGUGCCUUCCCACACAGCCUGGACCAGGACAGCGGCAGCACAGGACAGGACGAGAGACCGAGGCCCCGCCAUGCGAAUUCUGGUGGUUCUUCUGUGUCUGGGACUCCUAGUGUUCUCCUGCAGAAGCCAAGAUUCAGGCACAAGCACCAACCAGCAGGAUCCUGAGGCCGACACUGAAGGUGGGGUGGAAGAGGAAGACCCCUUCUACAAGAGCCCUGUGAACAAGUUGGCUGCGGCCGUCUCCAACUUCGGCUAUGACCUCUACCGCCAGCAGUCCAGCCAGACGCCCAGCGCCAAUGUGCUGCUGUCGCCCUUCAGCAUCGCCACAGCCCUCUCAGGCCUUUCUUUGGGUGCGGGAGAACGGACGGAAGACAUCAUAUCGCGGGCUCUGUUCUACGACCUGCUCAACAAGGCUGAGAUCCACAGUAACUACAAGGAGCUCCUGGCUGGCAUCGCAGCCCCCACCAAAGGCUUGAAGACAGUUUCUCGCCUCAUCAUGGAAAGAAGGCUAAGGAUGAAAAUUGGCUUUGUGAACGAGCUGGAGAAGUCCUAUGGCGUCCGUCCCAGAGUGCUGAGUGGAAAUGCCCGAGCCGACUUGCAAGAGAUCAACAACUGGGUGCAGCAAAGGACUGGUGGGAAGGUCACCAGGUUCUUGGGGGAGAUCCCUGAUGGCAUCAGCAUCUUCCUCCUCGGGGCUGCGUAUUUCAAAGGACAGUGGGUGACCCGAUUCGACAACAAGCUCACCAAGCUACACGACUUCCACCUGGAUGAAGAGAGGACCGUGAGGGUGCCCAUGAUGUCAGCCCCACAGGCCAUCUUGAAAUAUGGCUUUGACUCGGAGCUCAACUGCAAGAUUGCACAGCUCCCCCUGACAGGAGGCAUCAGCAUCAUGUUCUUCCUGCCCCAAAGCGUGACCCAGAAUAUGACCCUGAUUGAGGAGAGCCUCACCUCCGAGUUUGUCCAUGACAUUGACAAGCAGCUGAAGACCGUCCACGCGGUGCUGAGCAUGCCCCGGCUCAAAUUGACAGCAGAGACUGGGCUCACUGGCACCCUCCAGGAAAUGCGGCUCCAGGCGCUCUUCUCAACACCUGACUUCAGCAAGAUUGCCGCAAAGGCCAUCAAGCUCUCCCACGUCCAACACAAAGUGGCCUUGGAACUCGGGGAAGAUGGGGUCAGCUCUGUGUUCACACCAGACACGGAGGCUGCCCGCCUGAAUUUCCCCAUCGACUAUCACCUGGACAAGCCUUUCCUCUUUGUGCUCCGGGACAAUGAGACAGGCACACUCCUCUUCAUCGGGAAAAUCCUGGACCCCCGGAGUACUUAGACCCCUCAACAGCCACCAAGCACUGCCAAAGGGUGGGUCUGCUCUGCCACACCCAGGUUGUGUAUUCUGUACCACAAUAAAUGUGCUUCUGCCUUAAA